UAAAAAUAAAAAUAUCAUUAUAUAUUUUUAUAAGAUCAAAAUAUGCAUUGAAAUAUUAUAAGAGUGUAUUAAAUGCUUAAUAAGUAGUAUUGUUAGUUGAUUAUUAUGAAUAAUAACUAAUUUUAUAUAUAAUUAUAUGUUUACUAUUAUUAUAUAGACGUAUAAUCAUUGACCGGUUUUCCGGCGUUGACCGGGUUGACCCACCGGGUCCGAGUUGACCCGUGACCCAGUCAUGUGGCCGGGUCACUCUCCGGUCCGGUUUUUACAACAUAGAUUUUUACCCCUAUCUCUAUCAUCUUUUUCAUUUUUCCUAGGCAACGCUUCAUCCAAAUACUCCCUCCGUCCCAGAAAAUUCUUCCUAGUUUGACUUGGAUCGGAGUUUAAGAAAGUGGGAAUAAAGUGGAAAUGUGUGGUUGUAGUUGUGUAAGAAAAAGGUGAAAUGAAUGUGAGCCACACAAAUAAUCAAAAAGGUGAAGUUGGAAGAAUUUUCUGGGACGUCCCAAAAAGGAAAGUUGGAAGAAUUUUAUGGGACGGGGGAGUAUCUCUCUACAUAAUGAUCUUGAUCUGUAUAUAACAGAGCAUAUGCGAACCCAUCAAUUUCAUUCACAGAAACACGAGGAAAACAGAAUCAGAAAAACCUGUCCACAGGUAGGUAGAGAAUGGGGAGUGACGAAAAGAGAGGAAGCUAUGGAGCUCACAUACUUGCAGUUCCAUAUCCAAGCCAAGGCCACAUUAAUCCCAUGCUCCAGUUCUGCAAGCGUCUCGUCUCCAAAGGUCAAAAAGCCACCAUAGCCAUCACCACGUUCCUGUCCAACUCCCUCAAACCGGUUUCCGACACCGUCGGGAUCGACACGUUCUCCGACGGCUGCGACGAAUCCGGAUUCGCGCAGGCCGCCGACGCCGACGACUACCUGAACCGGCUCGUGGUGACCGGUUCGAAGACCCUGGACGAACUGAUCCAGAAGUACAAAAACUCCGGUUCUCCGAUUGACUGUGUCGUUUAUGACUCGUUUCUGCCCUGGGCGGCGGAAGUGGCCAAGAAAUAUGAGGGAUUGUAUACGGCUAGCUUUUUCACCCAGGCAUGUUCGGUGACUUAUGUGUAUUAUGCCGUGAACCAUGGGAUGUUGCCGGUGCCGGUGACUUCGACGCCGGUGAGACUUCCGGGUCUGCUGCCGCUGGAGCUGCCGGACAUGCCGUCAUUCAUUUACCAGUACGGAUCUCGUCCCGCUUAUUUUAAGCUUCUGAUGCAGCAGUUUCUGAAUCUGGAAAAGGCGGAUUUUGUUCUUAUUAACUCGUUCCUCAGCUUGGAGGCAGAGGUAUUGGAAGCAAUGUCCAAAACGACUCAAUUUCUCACUAUUGGGCCGACAAUCCCAUCUUUCUACUUAGACAACCGGGUCGAAAACGACACCGACUAUGGGCUCAACUUAUUUCCCUUGGACCCGUCAACGAGCUGCGUUGACUGGCUAAACACCAAACCCGAAGGAUCAGUCAUUUACGUGUCAUUCGGAAGCAUGGCCGACCUAGACGAGAAACAGAUGGAAGAGCUUGCAUGGGGCUUAAAGAACAGCAACAUUCCCUUCCUAUGGGUGGUCAGGCGCUCCGAAGAGUCAAAGCUGCCGAAAGGGUUCAUCGACGGUGAGCUGGUCGUGGGCCGAGGCGGGGCAGACCAGGCCGCGGCGUCGGGCCUGGUCGUGAACUGGUGCCCUCAGCUAAAAGUGCUAGCGAAUAAAGCCGUGGGGUGUUUCUUCACUCACGGUGGGUGGAACUCGACUAUUGAAGCUUUGAGCAUAGGGGUGCCGAUGGUGGUCAUGCCGCAGUGGACGGACCAGACGAUGAACGCCAAGCUGGUGGUUGACAUGUGGAAGGUCGGGAGGAGGGUUAGGGUUGGGGAGGAUGGGUUGGUCAGUAGAGAAGAAGUAGAGGGAUGUGUUAGGGAGGUGCUGGACGAGGUAAAGGGUAAGGAAAUGAAGGAAAAUGCUGUGGAGUGGAGUCGUUUGGCUAAGGAGGCACUGAGUGAAGGUGGGACUUCUGAUCAAGUUAUUGAACAAUUCUUAUCAGCAUUGACGACCACAUCUUAGUUUUUUUUUUUUUUUUUUGCAUUUUCAAUCUUUGUGUGGCAUAUAUGUGCUUUGCAUGCAUUAUUUAUGUGUAAUUAUUGUUUGAGAAGAAUAAGAAUUGCUUAAGGUAAAAGCAAACAUUAAUAAGUUCAAAAAUCAAAUAAGGUACAUUGGUAUUACCUCCGUUCUUUUGUAGUUGCAAUAUUGGUGAAUUUAAAGCUAUUCACACUC